UUUUGAAACCAGUGAUAUUGCAAUCAUAACUAGUAAUAUUUCCUCAAGUCUUCAAUUUUGUUUAUUUGUGAGUGAUCUUAAGUAAAUAAGAAAAGAUGCAUUGGCUGUUUGUUUUAACUCCAGCUCUACUUUUUUCUUGGGUGUCUGCUGCACCUUCAUCUUCAACCCAGAGUUUCAUCUCGAAACCAGCUAGUGAACAAAAUUCCAAUGACUCACAUUGUACACCAGAACAUUUCCCCAAGGAAAACUUGAAUUUGACAGAGGAAGAAACAACUUUAACAUCUCACAAAAUACACAUAGAAGAGAUCACCUCUUCAGAAGAAGUAAGUGACGAGUCUUCAGAAGUAAAGACAGAAACCCAUCAUGAAAUUAGUCAUUUUACUGCUGCUGUUCAGGAAUUGUCUUCAGAAGAAGACAGUGACGAAUCGUCAGAGAAAGUAAAGACAGAAACACAGAAACAAGACGAAAUAAGUAAUUUUACUCAAGCAUCACAUAACGAACAAUAUGAGAUAAAAGUAACCUCACAAAUCAAUUCUACCGAAGAAGAACCUACGAUAAGACAAAAUGAAGUGACAGCAGAGCAAACCUCAGGAACAUUACAAGUUUCUGAACAACCAACUCAGAAUUCUGAACAAGCAUCUGAAAAACCUGCGUUAGAAUCAACUGUAGAAGGGGCAUCAACACCAGUGACGAUAACGAUAACGACAAAGAGACCAAAACCGAGCAAACCAAAACCCAAACCUCCUCGGGCUACUACAGUGAAGCCUUUGGCUGAGAGUCCGACGCAAGCAGUCACAGUAAAGCCUGCUAAACCUGCAAAACCAGCGACGCAACGCUACCCUUGCAGAUGUGGCGACGGAGUCUGUUCUUGCUGUACGGGUAUCAUCUUGGAGAACUUCAAUGUGCCUCUGAGGUCGAGAGCGUGUGCCAACGUUACCUACGAACCCGACGAUUUCGCCUUCAACUUCAAACUUGCUUACAACAACAUAGUUCUGUACAACAGAAGAAUGUCAGCCAAGAACCCACGGCCAGCAUGCAUUCCCAUCAACCGAUACUUUGGCAUCAAGAUGUGCGCCAAGUUGUCCAACGUCUACAUGUCUGGUCGCAACAUGCACGCUUGCCUCGACUUUGAGGGGUUCUUCAUUGACGAAACUGCCUUCAAAUACUCCUUCAACUGCUUCAGGGUAGGCACUGAGGGAGUGGCGAUUGUACGGCCUGAAGAUGGAGGAGGCCUUCCACCACCACCUGAUGAGGAGGAGCAAACGGACGAAGAUUACGACGAUAGCGCUCGAUCGUUCAGAGGUGAAGUGCUCGGAAAGACUUCAUCUGGAAGUUGGGAGAGCGAAGUUGAAGUACUGUAAACCAACUAAACUUUGUUCUACAGCAUUCCACAUCUUCUAACAAGCUGAUGAUGAAGAUGUUUUGCUAUUUAAAUGUUUUACUAGUUUUUUCUCAAGUGUUGCUUUAAUUAGUUUACCAAUAUGCGUAUUUACAAUUUCCGUUUAUAUUAUUGAUUACUAUGAUGUUAAGUUUUAUUUAUUGUUUAUUGAUAUGUGAUAUUAUUUAUUUCUAAUUUGUAAAUAUAUUUUCU